UCACAAUAAAACAAAGAAAACCUGAACCUGCGUCCGUAUUUAGCAAUAAUCCUGCACCAAACGAGUGCAAGGUUUGCAUAGUUCCAGUCUUACAUUAUUUCACAGCAUUUCUUGAAACUAUUCAUUACAUAUUUCAAUAAAUUGUACAAAACAAUGAUUUAUUCACGUAAGGCUGGUUCUGUAAUCAUACUCAUAAUUUCAGUUUUUACCAAGUUUUCAGCGCAAAUCUCUUUAAAUGAAUUUCUUACACUUACCGAGGAGCAGAAAAUUAAACUGGAUAUUUUUAGAGAAUUAAUCAUUUCCCGUCUGCCGGAAGAUUAUAUGAAAGAAGAUGUCUACAUUAUUCGCUGGCUGAGAGACAGUAAUUUUGAUAUUCCUACGGCUGAAAAACGUCUAAUGAAUAUGGUAUCGUGGAGACAAGAGAACCAAAUGGACACAAUUUUACAAGAAGACUGGGCUAAGUCUGAUUACGAAUUUAAAAUUUACAUAGAAGGUUGUGAUCGGGAUAAGAAACCAGUCAUAUCAGUGUCGGUCGAUUGGGACAUACGCCGCAUGGUCAUAAGCGGCGAAUCCAAAAAAUUGAUGCGAUAUAUUGACCGAACGUUUGAAGAAGCAGAGCAGAUGGCGAGGAGAAUGAUUGCUGAUGGGCAAAAUGUGACCCAACUGACCAUGAUGUUCGACCUGAGCAACUUUAACCUAAUUGAGCAAGCCUGUGGACGAUGUCUCCCCAUCUACUUUCAUCUUAUCACGACGUAUCAGGAUCAUUUUGCUGGUUUGCUCCAUAAAAUCAUUAUCAUAAACGCACCUGAAGUAUUCGUUCCAUUGUACGACGCCUUGAAACCCGCCCUGUUCAAGAAUACACGUGAUCUAAUUACCGUUUUGGGCCGGGACAAGGCACACUCGUUGCGUUUCCUUAUGAAGGAAAUGGACAAAGAUCAGCUAUCUCGAAAGUACUUGGGAUCAAAGAAGGAAUCCUUAGAUUUUCAAGAGUUGCGGGACUCAGGAGAGGUUUAUAGAUGUACAAAUGUGUAGAAAUUUGAAUUUGCUAUAGUAAAGUAACUCAUUAAGUACUAUCGGAUUGAAUAAAGAGGUACCGAAAUAUGAGAAAGAUUGUAAAUAGAUUAUAUAAAUUGUAAUUAAUCGCUGGGAAAUUUAUCAUGGAGUAAAACAAAUAAAUAUACAAAUACGAGUACUUCCGACUACCUAAAACAGCAGAAAAUUAAUAGUACUUGAAGUUUAAUUUAUGGGGAUUUUUAUUUAAAACAACUUGGGUUUACACCACGUUGCAACUUUGUAACAUUGUUUGCUCAGGUAUGCAAAAGUUACAGUUAUCAAAGUACAUAAUUGUAAUCUGAAUAAUGCAUAUAUAGUUUGUAUGCUUUGCAAAUUUUACAAAUUCCAUGCAGUUACAAAAACUUUGUAUAAAUUUCCCAGAGUACCUCCGUAACACAACUAAAGUUUUAUAUCCGUGACCUACGACAAUUGGUUUUGUAAUCAAGGAGUUUUAUAGAUACUUAUAUAUGUACCAUAUUAUGAAUAAAAGAAGCAUGUAGUAUAUCUGUAAAAAGUGUU